UGAAACGCAAAAGGCAAUGCCGUUUCAAGACAGCAAAAGAAUUAAAUUAAAGGUCACUGCCGUACUGUUCCUCCUACCCUUCAGAUUUGACUUACUCUCCGGCGCUGCCAUUCUUUCUUUCUAUCUUCAAUCAAUUUCAAGAUUGUAGCACCGGUAUUAUAUGGCCUCCUUCAGAGCAUUCUGGAACAGUCCAGUUGGUCCCAGAACAACUCACUUUUGGGGACCUAUUGCCAACUGGGGAUUUGUGGCAGCUGGAUUGGCUGACUUGAACAAACCUCCAGAAAUGAUCUCUGGCAACAUGACAGGAGCAAUGUGUGUCUAUUCAGCAUUGUUCAUGAGAUUUGCAUGGAUGGUACAGCCACGGAACUAUCUACUUUUUGCUUGUCAUGCCUCCAAUGAGACUGUUCAACUCUAUCACUUCUCCCGAUGGGCAAAGGCACAGGGUUAUUUUAACUCAAUGGAGCUGUGAAUGUCGGUUUUCUGAUAAAGUUUGCAUCUCUUGCAAUUUCUUUUCAAGGCUUCUGUCGGAAAAGAAGGAGGAAGCUUCAUCCCAGUGAUUUGGUGAUGCUAAAACACUUUCUUGAGUGGAGCGAUUUUAAAGAUUUUGCAUUUGAACUUGGCGAUGUAUGAAUAAUUGAUUACUGAUUGUAAGAAGGGGCUUGUGGAAACUGUAAAAGAUUGUGGCUGUGCAAGAGUAUUCGGAUUAGAAAGGAUUGCUCAGAAGUCUAAACUAUUUGUUGAAGGCACAUGGGUGGGUUUAAUAUGUCUAACAUCUGAGUGGCCCAAAAGUCUUUAAACUUAUACCAUAGGCAAAGGAUUUGUCUAUUAUAUCUCAUACUGAAAUUCCGCUCAAUUACUCUACACAGUUGGGCGUUAAGAAUUGUACUGUGACUAUUUAUUCAUUGAAACUUGGAUGUCAUGUUAAUCAUUUUUAAUGCCCUAUUCUUUCUAAAUUGUAAUCUGAGCAUGAGGAAUGAAUAGGUUUCUCGGCAUAA